AUGAAAGCUUUAAUGAAGUUUAGAGAGGAACAAAAACCUUUGUUUCGAGCAAAAUCGCCUCUCAAAAUUCUUGGGUUACCGUUUCAAUCAAGCAUUGUAGCUAGGGAAUCGAAAGAGCUUUCAUUGAAUCUCAACACUUACUUCGAAUCGGGGCCGUCGUUGAAGGUUUCUUAUCGUCCAAAUGAUUCUCUAAAUCCGUUUAGUGUCGUACUCAAACCGGCCAUUUCGCCUCAAUUUGGAGAUUUCAUUGUCAAAAAUGUUCAAUCGUCGGUGUUUAAGAAGCAAAUUACUGGUGUUGCCGAUGAAGAUGCAGCGGUGAAGGGCGUAUUGUCAGACGUGGAAAUUACCGCCAUGGCGGCUGGUUCCGACGACGGGAGACUCGUCGAUGGUGCAGAUGAAGACGAACAACUCAAUGACUGGGAUUCCCCUCCAGAAGCUUCCAUGUUUAUCAUAAACAAGAUCGGGAUCAGUUCAAGGAAGGUGGGGCCGGCUGAUAACGGGGUGUUAAAGAAAUCUACAGAUAACUUGAAUUCUGAAUUUUCUAAAGGGGUGAAGAUCAUACAAGCUGAUAAUGAGGUGUUCAAGAAAACCAUGGAUAGAUUGAUGAAUGAAAUAUGGUGGACGAAUGUUUGA